GGGGCGGCGGGGCGCAGCGCAGGGCGGGGCCGGGGGCGGAUGUCCGGCUGGCUCCCGCCUGUGGCAGCGGCGGGCGAGCGGUAGGCGGCGGGAUGGCGCUGUCGGAGGUGACCUGGCCCCGCAUCGUGCUGUUCGGGGACUCCAUCACCGAGUUUUCCUUUCAGGACAAUGGUUGGGGAGUGUUGCUUGCUCAGAAAUUGGUCAGAAAAUGUGAUGUUUUAAAUCGCGGACUGUCAGGCUACAAUACGAGAUGGGCUAACAUAGUUCUUCCCAGAUUGAUCAGCAAAAGUUCUAAUGUUGAAAAUACUAUUGCAGUUACCAUCUUCUUUGGCGCUAAUGACAGUGCUUUAAAAGAUGUGAAUUCCAACCAACACAUUCCACUGAAGGAAUAUGCUGAUAAUUUAAAACGCAUGAUACAAUAUCUGAAGUCCAUAGACAUUACUGAGGACAAAAUUAUUUUGAUAACACCACCCCCUCUCUAUGAACCAGCGUGGGAAAAAGAGUGUAUUGCCAAAGGUGACAAAUUAAACCGCUUCAAUUCUACCACUGGAGAAUAUGCCAAGACAUGUGUUCAAGUUGCUAGAGAUCAUGGGACUGAGGUUCUUGAUCUGUGGACACUUAUGCAAAAGAAUAAUCAGGACUUUUCUUCCUAUCUAUCGGAUGGACUUCAUUUAUCAGUAUUGGGAAAUAAUUUUUUAGCAGCUCAGCUUUGGUCACUGCUGGAAAAGAAGAUUUCCACAUUACCUAUGCUGCUUCCUUACUGGCGCGAUGUAGAUAAUCAGAAUCCUGAAGUUAGCCUUCGUGGGAAAUCCUGAUCAGUAACAUAUUGACCGAGUCUGUUGAUGGACAGGAGAAAAUGUGCAUUCAGUGUUUUUCUUAGAGAAAAGAUAAUAUUGAUGCAAGUCCUUUCUCAAGUGUUAUGGUUUAUGGAAAAAUAAAGUUACCUUUACAUGUUC